CAAAAGGAAGAAGGAUGAUUUGAUGAGAUUUAAAAUGAUGGAUCCUUCAAUCAGUGGGUAUGGUGCUGAACCAAUAUAUCGUGAUAAAGUAAAAGGAGUACGCAUUUCCAAGGAAGAAUACUUGAAGUCAAAACAGAAAGUAGAAGAAAAGCCAAAGGAGAAGGAAAUAGAAUGGGGCAAGGGCUUGGCUCCGAAGAAGAAAGCUGAGGCUAGGAUGAAGGAACUAGAAACCGAGAAGGACAAGCCUUUUGCACGCAACAGGGACGAUCCAGAACUUGACAACAUGCUCAAGGAUAGAUUAAGAUGGGGUGAUCCUAUGGCACAUUUGGUAAAGAAAAAAUAUCCAGAGCCUGUUCUUCCAGAUUUGGGAGAAGGUGAGAAGAUGAAAGAAUCAGGUUUUGUUGUUCCGCAAGAUAUUUCAGAUCACAGCUGGUUGAAAAGAGGUUUAGAUGCUGCACCAAAUCGCUAUGGGAUAAGGCCGGGACGACAUUGGGAUGGAGUUGAUCGUAGUAAUGGUUUUGAGAAGGAAAUGUUCAAGAGAACAAAUGAGAGGCAAGUUCGGGAUAGAGAAGCUUAUCUUUGGUCUAUCUCUGAUAUGUGA